GGCUGUGGUUAUAAUUAUUAUUGGAUUAAUUUUUACUUGGUUCAUUAUUAUAUUUUUUUUUUGGUGUUGUUGCUCUCACUGUUGCUAUUAUUAUUUUUGUUUUUGUUAUUUCUAGGUUAAUAAUGAAUAUAUACUGUCGUUAUUUUAGAAUCUAUAUUGUUUAAUGUUACAGUGAAACUUUUACCACGCAUGUAUAACUAAAAAAAAACCGGCUUAAUAACUGCUUCAUUAAAAUUUUUGAUUGUUGAAAUGUUUUAAAUAAUUCAUUAAACAAUGUCAAAUAUCUGAAUAAAUAAUUUCACACUGGCACCCAUUAUUUCAUUGUUGAUGUUUACUAAAAUUAGUUCAUGAACAAUAGCCGCACGAUAGCUGACAAACUUCUGCCCCCCUCCGCUUACGUCAGCACACAUACAGUGAGACCUAUAUACGCACAGAAGAGCGUCCUCAACCAUUGAUUAAUUCGUUAAUUGUCGUGUUUUUUAUGUGGGUGUUUCACCCUUUGUCUUUGUAAGAUAAAUUUUAUUUGUUAAAAAGAAAAUAAUUGACUAGUGUUUUUUUACAAAAAUGGAUAAAUCAUGUAAAAAAUUAAAAGCCUAUCAAUUGGUCGAAUGGGUUCUUCCAGGUCCAAAACCAAAAGUUAGAAAAAUUGACAUUGUGCCUUUGUCAUGGAUAAAACCCCAAAGGAAAAAAAAUAAUCAGCAAAUAAUUAUUUGUUAUUUUCCACCAAGUCCUUUUAUGAAUUUGGAAACCUUGAUAAAGACUUCAUCUGGACCUGACAACACCUGGAAGACAUACCAGAUGAAAAUUGUUGGUGCUUCAGGUAAGUUAAUUUUUAUACCAAAUAAUAAAAAAUAAAUAUUAAAAAUCAAAAAUAAAAACCAAUACUGCUAACCAAAAAUAAAAAAUUUCAUUGAAUAUACCUUUGAAAAUUAUUUUCAGAUUCAUAUGAUGGUGCCUUGUUGGCUUACGAGAAUCUAAAACGAGGAGAUAAAUAUGGGUACUCUGAUGGCAGUGAAAACACGCAAGCUACCAAAGCCAUCGAGACAGAGACUGUGAUUCAUAAUUCACAGAUUUUAGAAGAAAAAAAAUUAAUAUUGAAUCUGAAUAAAAAAUUGAAAAAUGAUUACGUGAAAUCAAACCAGAAAGAUCAAGUUAAGAAAACAAGUAAAAAUAUAGCGACUUUGUUGACGACUGAUGAUGAUGAUGAUGAUGAUGAUGAUGAUAAUAAAAUACCCAGAAAAACAACUCAACAAUCAUCAAUAAUUUUAAGUGAAAAAAAUCAUGAUAGUAAUGGUAACAGUUGUGAUAAUACUAAUGAUGAAACAUCUAAGAAAAAAACUCAACGUCGUGCCAGUGGUAGUGGUGUUAAUAAUGGUGGUAGAUCAAGAGAUGCUUAUGAUAAUAAUUAUGAUGAUCAAUGUGAUACUGAUGUUAAUGAUGAUGAUGAUAUAGUAACAUCACGCAAUGAAACUACUUCUAACAUAUCUAAAAAAGCAUCAAGUUCAAUAGUUUCAAGAAAACGUAGUCGUGUUGAUGAUGGUGGUGGAUCAAGAGAUGCUUAUAAUGAUAAUUGUGAUGAUCAAUGUGAUACUGAUGUUAAUGAUGAUGAUGAUAUAGUAACAUCACGCAAUGAAACUACUUCUAACAUAUCUAAAAAAGCAUCAAGUUCAAUAGUUUCAAGAAAACGUAGUCGUGUUGAUGAUGGUGGUGGAUCAAGAGAUGCUUAUAAUGAUAAUUGUGAUGAUCAAUGUGAUACUGAUGUUAAUGAUGAUGAUGAUAUAGUAACAUCACGCAAUGAAACUACUUCUAACAUAUCUAAAAAAGCAUCAAGUUCAAUAAUUUCAAGAAAACGUAGUCGUGUUGAUGAUGGUGGCGGAUCAAGAGAUGCUUAUGAUGAUAAUUGUGAUGAUCAAUGUGACACUGAUGUUAAUGAUGAUGAUGAUAUAGUAACAUCACGCAAUGAAACUACUACUAACAUAUCUAAAAAAGCAUCAAGUUCAAUAGUUUCAAGAAAACGUAGUCGUGUUGAUGAUGGUGGUGGAUCAAGAGAUGCUUAUGAUUUUAAUUGUGAUGAUCAAUGUGAUACUGAUGUUAAUGAUGAUGAUAUAGUAACAUCACGUAAUAAAACUACUACUAAAAAAUUUAAAAAGGCAACAAGUAAAUGUAGUCGUGUUGAUGAUGAUUACAGGAAAAAUUUAAUUAGACAUAAAAUACCAAGCAAAGUCCAUCCAUCAGUUUCUAAUUAUCAAGCAGCUACAGAUGAACAAAUAAAAAAAACGUUUUUAAUGAUUAAAAAAAUUCACAAAGAUAUUCAUCAGCCUGUUAGAGUGACGACUUUUCCAGUGGACCUCUAUAAAAAAUAUGGCUACAUGUUGCCACUGAACAAACUGACUGAUCUUCAAUCACUAGAAAAAGAAUUGAAAACAAAUAAAGAAUGCCUGACAGGGACAACUGAAUACAUGAACCAGCUGAUUGAGCAUGAAAGUAGGUUGCCAGAUUGUACCAGACUAAUUUUACGAGCAGUAUUUACGCAAAAACUAGCCAUGCGUCUGACAAUGUCUAGGCAUCGUGAUGGAAAAAUUGUCAUGCCCAAAGAUUUGCCAAUUUUAAAGAAUUGUAUUUUAGGUGCAUUGGAACGUAGAAGAAAGAAAUUACAUGAAUCGUUGCAAUUAAAAUGCUCAAGUGUUUUGAGCAGUUGCUUAACGAGAGCAACUGACUGGGACAAUCAUCGUUCCAAAAGUAAAAAAAGUGAUCAGAAUCAAAAGACUCUUUCUGAUUAUAUUGCUAAAGAAGAAAUGAAUGAAAACAGUGAUCAUAACACUUAAAAAUUACUUUUUAAUUCAAUAAAUAUAUAUUAUUUAUUUUUUAUUAUCUUAAUAUUUUUUUAUUAUCUUAUUAUUCUAUUCAAAUAAAUAAAUAACACAUGAACAAUUAUAAUCACCUUAAUAAAAUAAAAAAAUUUAAAACAACUCAAUGUGACAUGACAAUUUAUUAAUUUUAUGUGUUUUUCAACUUAUAAAUGAAUUAUCUAUUUUUUAAUGUUUUUAAUGAAUUUAUUUCAAUGUUCAAAAAAAGAAAUGUUUAAAAUUACGUCACAAACUUCCUCCAAAUUUAUGUUAAAAAAUUUAUUAAUAAUAUUAAUAAAUAAGAUAUCUUUUUUUUUUUUUUAUUAUAUUAAGGUUGCUUCCCAGUCGCAUCACCGAACCAAUAUUUAUGCCACGAAGGGCCCGUAUAUUAAUAACGCUAUUUUUUAUUCCCGUGUCCUGAAAUUUUUGUGGCGCCACUGAUGAAAAAACCAAGUUCUUUAGUAGUAUGUGUGUGCGCGGCAACACACUAGCAAACAAAGUUUACGUCGUACGCCAAAACCAUGCUUGUGUGCAUGUCAGUGUGCCACGCACUAGCAAAGUUUUAAUACUUUAAAGUUAUUUAUUUUUCAAAAUCCACGUCAGAAAAAAUUCAAAAUUUUUUAUCGUAUGUAUCUUUGUAAUCACUAAAAUUUUGUAGUAAAUGAAAGGUUUUUUAAUAGACAACGAAUAUGCUAAAAAUCAAAAUGUGAGGUUCCGCCCUAUCCUCAUGUAUAAAAGUUAUCAACUUUGAGACUAAUUAUCUCAAAAGAUCCACGUCAGAAAAAAUUGAAAAAAAUUUACCAGAUAGAUAAUUAUUUCAUUUACAAAAUGAGCCAAAAAAAAAAAAAAAA